AUCCUGCCUUGCUUCGCUGGUCCUAUGCUAGGACGCAAAACAUCUAUCCUAAUUUCCGCCCGACACCCAAGUCGUCUUUUCUAGGAGCUCUUUUUGCUAUAGGCCCUAUUGUCUUCUGGAUUUGGGCCUUCAAAGCUGACAGGGAUCGUAAAGAGAGGCUUAUCCAGGAAGGUAAAUACCAGCGACCGUUCAGCCUAUUUUAA